CAUUGACCAUGCCCACACCCCUACCACAACACAACACAUUAGAGAUGGAUCACUUUUAGUCUGAAGUAGAUAUGGCAGAUCCGCAGAGAUCAUUGGGCCUGUCACGCUCAAAGAGCAGCACUGCCUCCUCCUCUUCCUCUUCUGCGAAUGCUUCUUCCUCCUCCUCUUCGUCUUCCUCAUCAAGCCGCGCCUAUGCUCCUCCAGGUCCACCCAAGGCGGGCGAGAGGCGAGCAAAGACGCCUCUGAGGGCGAGGAAGAUCAUCAAUGCCAUGGAAAGAGGUUUCGAAAGGUGUAGGGAGAGGCAAGAGGAGGAGAAGAGGGAGAAGGCGAAGUUGUUGAGCGGCAGUGAUGACAAUGAAGAGGCAACGCCUUGCAAGGCGGAUCAGUCAGAAAAAGCAACUGUGGACAUCAUGGAGAGCAGAGUGCCUCCGGGGAAGGAUCAAACAAGACAGGCAGACACAGUAGAUGAUCAAAGACCUGCUAAAAUGUUGAAGCGCUGCGAUAGUCGGCGCAGCUACUCGAGCUCAAAGCCAAGGCAGGCGUACCUUACUUCAGCCUCUCCUGAAGCGCCUCUCACCUCCGACGAAGACGCAGAAAUUGUGAAGGACAACGAUGCUGCGUCUACAUCCUCAUCUUCAUCAUCCUCCUCGGAGACAAAGAGGAAAAUAUCAUCCAUUCCUCGAGUGCCUCUCUUCUCAUCCGCCUCCAAACGUGAGAUUCAGUCCCUCACGAGUCGUAAAGCCCUUCAAGACGAGAAGAACCCCAUCACCCACUCAACCGUCGGUGCCGGCACGCUGCACUACAAUUCCUCCAGCACCGGCCACCAAGUCGCGAAUCGUGUGGGAGUAGCAAAUACCAGUUCUCCAGAGGGAUGGUGGCAUACCCGUAUGAGGAAAUUGCGCGACCAGGCAGCAAGUGAGGAGAAGCAAUCUGAUAUCUUCAAGGGCUUGAGCAUCUACAUUAACGGCUAUGCUGGUACAAAGAUUGGGAACAAGGAGCUCCAGCGUCUCCUCAGCCUCAAUGGUGCCACUGUUCACUACCUCCCCUGUGGAAGCACCACGCACAUCGUAAGCGAAAUGACCCUCUCGGCCAAGAAGACGCAGGAGAUGCUACAGCUCAAAGCCGGAAGGGUAAAGAAGUUCGUAAAGGUCGAUUGGAUACUAGACUCACUCCUGGCGGGGAAGAGAAGACCAGAACAUCCUUAUGCCCAUGCAAUUCCUGUACAGAGGGGAAUUGCACAGAUGCUGGGGAGUCACUCGAGUGGGAAGGCCACCACUCCAGGUGUGGCGGGGACGUCAUCUUCAUUGUCAUCGUCAGCAUCGUCGAGUGGUGAUGGGGUCAAGGUGAGCAAGACUAGUAUACAUUUGCAAGACUGGAGAGAAGCAGCCAGGAGCGCUGCAGCGCUGGCUGCUGCUUCGAGUACCGAGAGGCAGAAGAGGUGCUCUUGACCGUCCGUGUCCGUACCAAUAUAUACCACAUCACAUCUAUAAGCU